AUGGAAAAUGUUAAACAAUUAUUUAAUAUUCCAUUCGAACAAAAUUUAAUUUAUUUAAAUGAUUUUAUACCGUUGAAUACGACACGUCUUUAUUCACUUAUUAAAUCAGAUAAUGAAACAGCAACAAUCAAUUUUAAAAUUGAUACAACCAAUUAUAAUCAAUAUGUAACUGUUUGUCUACACAAAGAAGGGGAUGAUCAUACAAUGAAAUUUUAUUGUUCAAACAAAUUAACAUGUAAACGUAUAUGUGAUAUUGGAUGUUUAUUAUUCGAUGAAGAUAAUAAUUCAUUGAAAUUAUAUUUAAAUGACUAUAUGAGAGAUGAUGUUCUUACAUUGGAAGAUAUAGCUGAUGAUGCGGUUGAAAAAAAUGAAUUUAAUAUUGAUCUUAAUUAUGAUGAAACAAAUUUAAAAUGUAAAAUAGAUUUUUAUUCAAAUGAUGAAAGUACUGCUUUAAUUCAAACAAUCAAUAUAUCAUGUAAGUUAACAACAUUAGUUAAAAAUUUAUUUAAAAGAAUAUUAAAACGAUUUUAA